AGGGAUAUGACGCCAGUCGUGUGCCAGGCUCACUGGCUCACACGAGCUGACUGCAGCAAGAUCAAGACAGACGCGUGCCUUUUACUCAGCGUCCGAACACUUUUACCAGACUUUGUCUCCCUGAAGGGCAGCCUUCUCUGAUACCUUCUACCACUCCAAGAUCUGCACCAACGAACUUGACCGACAUGUGCAGCACCAUGGAGAACCUCUACUCAGACUUGGACAGCUCCAGCUGCGACCUGUCUUACACGCACACGGAUGACGAAGACUCUCGCAGCAGCAUGCACGUCGGCUCACCGACCUGCCAGCCGUCAUCACCCAUCAGCAACAGCCAGGAUGCGCCGACCCCCGAGCAGCAGCAGAAAAAGAGACGCAGGGGACGCGUGAGGAACGAGGCCACCGUGCAUGUGGUCAAGAAGAACAGGCGCAUGAAGGCGAACGACCGGGAAAGGAACAGAAUGCACAAUCUGAACGAUGCACUGGACACUCUCCGGAGCGUUCUGCCUGCCUUCCCGGACGACACAAAACUUACAAAGAUCGAAACGCUGCGUUUCGCCCACAAUUACAUCUGGGCGCUCUCUGAGACCAUCAGAAUUGCGGACCAGUGCCCAAGCAAGACAAGGGACGCGCCGCUGCUCCCGGCUGGGCUCGGAUGCAUCGUGGAUGCGCCAAGUCCCGGCAGUGACGCUUGCUCUUGGAUGUCCAGCGCCUCAUCCUCCUCUUCGUCCCCUUCAUACUGCACUUCAAACCCCAGCAGUCCCGCGGCUUCGGAAGACUAUGGCUUUUUGCAGACAGAUAGUCUGUACAGCUACCACAACUUUGUGUCAGGCAUCUUCUAGGAAAUGGGCUUGAUCUUGUUACGCGAUUGUGGCCUUUGGCGUGUGCUAGGGACGAACUGAAACGCCACUGCCUUAAGACGAAACUCAGUUACUCAGUUUAGAAGAAUCUAAGUGCGAAGUGAUGGACCGUAGCUUAUUCUAGCAAUUCACUAUAUGCCUUAACUAUGUUUCACAGGAUUGAUACUCGAUGAAUUGUGUAUUUUACAUAUGUACAUUUUUGUUGAAUUUGCAGUGAGAUUGCUGUCCAUGAAGGCGUGUAAGAGCAUCAUUUUGUUUUGUGGAAUUUCCAACGGUAGCUUUUGCUGCAGUUCUCCUUCAAACCAUUGCACUUUUUCGCCGCGUCCACAUAUAACAAUAUCCACUCUAAGAAUCUUGACCCCUACCUCUAUUAAAACAAAAUUCUAAUUAAAACGAAGAAAAGACAGAUUUGCUAUAGCAGAGUGAGGUGAAAAGUCAAUUUUACAAUUUGUCGAAUGAUAAUUAGGAAAAAACGAGCGUGGAAAUUCGGUUUCAACGCUCUGACAAUAGCCUGAAAGGCCGUGAAAGAGGGAGGAUCUGGCCCUAAUGCAUUAUGUAUUUUGACCCGCUGAAAAUGCCCUUCGUGGUCUGCAGAAAGACGCGAUCUCUCAGACAAGCAGCAAUGGUUUCUCCAGCAUUGACUUUAUAGUUUUGUUUUAAUUUAUUCAACGAUUUUCUUUCAUAUGAAAAUGUAUUUUGUAUAUAAAGAGAUUUAUUCUAUUAUGUAUUU